UACAAGAGAACCGACGCUCUACUGAUAUGAAUGUUACAUCAUUCCAACGGAAGUAGAGUUUUGUCAAGUCUUCUACUUUGAAUGAUCUUCAAAAAGUUCUCCCCAAGAUUCUCAGACAAAUUUUACAAGGAUUAGCUGCUCUUCAUAGCGGCGAAUGUCCUAUACUUCAUAGGGAUUUGAAGCCUUCCAAUAUUCUCCGUGACUCAAACAGCAAUUUUAUGUUAGCUGACUUUGGCAUUUGUCGAAUAUUGGAAGAUGGCGUCAAAACAUUUAGAAACCUUGCUAACGUGGGAACUAAGUACUGGAUUGCUCCAGAAUCAUAUAAUGAAGACGAAGAGUCAGUUGAUGAAGCACGUUACAAAACAGAGUCUGAUUUAUAUAAUGCGGGAAUGGUGGCCUAUUAUGUUGCAACAGGAGGGAAACAUCCUUUUGGAACUACAGGGGUUAGAUUGCACAAUAUGCUGAAUGGAAACCCUGUUGGCUUGAUGGAAAUCGAAGAUGAAGCACUGAAAGAUCUUCUGUUGUGGAUGUUAAAUCUACAACCAGAAGACAGGCCAUCAGCCAAUGAGGCAUUGAAACACCCUUAUCUUCUGUAAGAUGACGAGAAAUUUGACUUAUUAUGUAAAGUUGGAAACCAACAGCGGAUUAAAAGAAACAAUCCCAAGUCAAUUGCCGUUCAACAAUUGAAUAGCGAAUUCUCAGUUUGAAAAAGUCAAAUGGAUGUUGAUGUGUAUAAUUAUUUUAGAACGAGCGUGAGGAAUGGAACGAUUCUUGAUUAUGGAUCUUCUUGGACAGAAUGCUUAAGACUUAUUCUAGAUGUUGGCCAACAUUGGUACGAUCGAACACAGCCAAGACCUCAACCAGAACCAUUUUAUAAGAUGGGCGAUCACAAGAGCUAUUUUCUCAAAACAUUUCCCAAUCUCCCUGUUCGGGUGCACGCAGCUGUCAGGUCAGAUAAUGAAUUGAAAACAAUCUAAAACUCAAGAACAUUUUUAAUUUUAUUCUU